ACGUAAUGAUAUAAUAUCAUUCUGUGUAUUAGCUUUUGGAAAUAUCUCCCGUUGAUUCCGAAAGGAUAAAUGGUUGAGAAGGCCUAAUGCCCUUUAGGAAAACAUGUAAUGGCCUUAAAGAGAUACCAACCCUAGGAUAUGUUUCCCUUAGCAUCCCACCCCUUAUUUUGCACACUUAAUAAGGUAUGGCAUGUGAGGGUAUGAUUUAUGUUUAACUCUUUUAAGUCAUGUGUUUAGGUAAGAUCAUGCAUUAAACAUGGACUUUACUGAGGAUAUGACUAGACAAGGGAAAAGCCUUGGGGAAGAUGUCACAUCUCGUUUUACUGCUAAGAAGGCUAAGGAGUUAAUCUUUUUAGUCAAUGCCUCCAAACCUGGCUUGAAGCUGCUGAAAGAAGUUUAUGGCUUGUUGUCUUCAAGAGAGAAACAUGACUUUGAGGUCCGAUUUGGAUGCAUCGGGGAUCUAUUGUCAGUGGUGCCAGAUUGGAACUUGUUCCGAGCUAUGUUAAAAUUCUAUGUCCCUCAAUAUCAAGCUUUUGUACUCCCACACUUUGAGUUGGUGCCCACCAUUGAUGAGUAUCAUCACCUCUUGCGGUGUAGUUUUGGAGUGGAUUCUUCUACCUUCACUCCUCAAGCACAACAUCUGAAGUUCACACUAGAAAAAGUUCAAGAAAUGUUGCAAGCUAUGUGGGGGUUUCCAUUUGAAUUCUCACAACCAUUGGUGACAACUAAAGAUGAUUCCUAUGGAUUCGAUUGGAAUGCGGUGUUACUAGCUUUGGGAAAGAGAUUGAAGGGCAUGACAUCUCCUCAAAGAAUCAGCUUUGUGGCAUUGGGAAUUUACAGCAUGGUUGGUGCUGAAACUUUGUGGUCUAUGGAAGAAAUCCGGAUUAAAAGAUCUGGUCGUUUCUCAGGUUGCAUUGAAUUGUUCAUUGCAUGGGCACAUGGUCACUUGAGGGGUCCUCAAUUUGAAGCUUUAUUCAGCGUUCCUGUGAAAGAUAGAAAGACGGAGGAUUGGCAUCGGUCACUUCUAGCAGCAACUAUUAAUGAUGUCGGAUUUAUUCUCCUGACUUGGAAUGCUACUCAUUAUCUUGCUCCACCCGAAGGACAUCACUCUAUUCCUUUGUUGGGUAUUCAUGGAAGGGUUACAUAUUCAGUAAAGUUGGCAUCUCGUCAAUUUGAAAAAGCACAAAGCAUUUCCUAUCUUGAGGACGCAUUACAGUCACGUUUUGAUUACAUGUCUUCACCGGUAAUUGUAUCUAAAGCACAUGAGAUGUGGGAGAGAUGUAGGAUGCUACCUAUAUGGAAAGAGAAUGGGACUAGACCACAACAUGAUCAAUGGAGAUCGGGUUGGAUAGCUAAACUUUCUUUGCCAUGGGAGGUGAUAAAUACAAAAGACUCUACCAUCAUGGACUUAACUGCUAAGUUAAAACUUAGCCAUGCUCGGAGAUGUCAGUUGCUAGAAAAGUAUGACGAGCUAGCUCUUGAUCAUGAAUUGCUUAAAAGAGGGAAGAAGUUGUCCGAUCAGCAAGUGGCAGGAUUGAAAGACAAGAUUGCCUCUUUAGAAAGGGAUUUGGCUGCUGCCAAGGAGAUUUGUGGGAAGCAAAAGAGGAGUUUGGAGUUUGCUGAAGAACAACAGAAAAAGCUGCUACGAGUAAAAGCGGAUCUUAAGGCAAAAGAAAAGGAGAACCAAGAGCUUGUGGAGAAAGCGAUUAGACAGCAAGAGUUGAAAAGAAAAGUGAUAAGGUGGAGGAAUGCUUACAACAACUUAUUGUAUGAUUAUAAUGCUCUACAAAAAGAGUUACGGAUGGCAAAGCAGUCAAAGCAAGGAGAGAAGGAAAGCACAACUUGAGGAGCUUGGGGAAAGAUGGGAUUGCUUGGGAGCUAUUGUACAAACAUCAGAAAUUCAAAUUUGUCAAUGAAAACUUGCUUGAAUGAAUGCAAUCUUUCUUC